UUUGGCCCUUUAAACAUAAACAACUUCUUCUCCUCUUGCCGCCACCGACUGCGCCACUCCUCUGCCGAUCUCCGCCUGUUCGAACGGCAGCCCGGAGUUUAGCUCACCGGCACCGAGAGCUAUGGGCAGUUCAAAUCUACUCGCGAAAUUCCGAUCAAUACAAAACCCUAACCACCGUCUACUGCUCCUAAAUGCCACCGUCAGACGUUUUGGUCAGCAACCACAAAGUAACAAUAGCAAGAUUGCUGACACUAAACCGCUAAAGUCUUCGUCUUUGAAAGAUAUCGAAGUUGCUAAAUUUUCAGCUAUUGCUGAUACUUGGUGGGAUUCUGAAGGGCCGUUUAAGCCAUUGCAUGCGAUGAAUCCUACAAGACUUGCUUUCAUUCGCUCGACUCUUUGUCGGCAUUUCAGGAAGGACCCAAACUUGGCUAGACCUUUUGAGGGACUAAAAUUUAUUGAUGUUGGCUGUGGUGGUGGAAUACUUUCUGAGCCUUUAGCUCGAAUGGGAGCAAUGGUAACUGGAGUUGAUGUUGUGGAGAAGAAUAUCAAGAUUGCACGCCUUCAUGCUGACUUGGACCCAUCAACUUCACCGACUGAAUAUUGUUGCACAACUGCUGAAAUUCUAGUUGAGGAGCAGAGGAAGUUUGAUGCUGUGAUUGCACUUGAGGUUAUUGAGCACGUAGCAGACCCUGCUGAAUUUUCCAAGACUCUAGCAGCAUUAACUCAUCCUGGUGGAGCUACUGUUAUUUCUACGAUUAAUCGAUCCAUGAGAUCUUAUGCUACCGCCAUCGUUGCAGCAGAAUACCUUCUCCGUUGGCUUCCAAAAGGUACCCAUCAAUGGUCAAGUUUCCUUACUCCUGCCGAGCUGGUUCUGAUUCUAAAGCGGGCCUCUGUCGAUGUUAAAGAAAUGGCUGGAUUUGUGUACAACCCCCUGACUAGGCAAUGGUCACUAUCAGACGAUAUUAGCGUGAACUUCAUCGCCUUUGGUACUAAAAAUAGCAAUUAAAGACUGGCCAGUGUACAUAUUUCUUUUUUAAUAUAUUUUUUGCUCUAAUGACAAUUAUAGAGAUUAACAAAUAAAAAUACGGUAAAAUCAACGAUGUAACAUUUUAAAGCAAAAAUUGGCACUGAACCGCCUAUUACGUUUA